AUGUCUCCUUCUCGAACUCUCCCAACCCUUACUCAGGCGGAAGUCGCCUCUCAUAACUCUGCAGAUAGCUGUUAUGUUACUAUGGGCACAAGGGUCUUUGACGUUACAGAUUUCGUUGACAGCCAUCCGGGUGGUGGUGAAUUGGUAUUAGAAUACGCCGGUCAAGACGUAACGGAGAUCUUAAAGGACGAGCUCUCGCACACCCAUUCCGAAGCUGCUUACGAUGUUCUUGAGGAUUCUUUUAUCGGAUUUGUUACUACAAAUAAGGUUAUCGAUACCGCUACCAAGAGUACAAAACCAGAUUCCAUAGUUCCACUUCCACCUACAAAAGAAGGCUUGAAGGAAUUGAAAGAAAAUGAAUCCGCAAAUUCUCUGCCUGUUUAUGCCAGUACUGGGAUGUCCACGGAAGAUGAUUUGAAUAAGGAGACAGAUGUUGUGAACGAUUAUAAAACACACAAGUUCCUUGACCUAAACAAGCCAUUGUUGAUGCAAAUCUGGCGUGGUGGGUUUACCAAGGAGUUCUACUUAGAGCAAGUUCAUCGACCUCGUCAUUAUAAGGGAGGAGAGUCUGCACCUCUUUUUGGGAAUUUCCUUGAACCUCUAUCAAAGACAUCUUGGUGGGUUGUGCCUAUGGUUUGGGUUCCACCUGUCACCUACGGUACAUACCUUGCGAGCAAAGGAUUCAAUAACAUUGCUGGAGAAGCAGCGUACUGGUUCUUGGGUCUCUUCCUUUGGACUCUGGUCGAAUAUAUUUUGCAUCGAUUCCUCUUCCACCUCGACAAAUGGCUCCCAGACAAUCGAGUAGCACUCACGCUUCAUUUCUUACUUCACGGCAUUCACCACUAUUUACCAAUGGAUAAGUACCGAUUGGUUAUGCCUCCUACCCUCUUCAUUGUUUUAGCGACUCCUUUCUGGAAGCUUGCACAUGCUGUGUUCUACUGGGAUUGGCAUGUGGCUACAGCAGUAUUCUGUGGAGGAAUAUUUGGAUACAUCUGUUAUGAUCUGACACAUUACUUCCUUCAUCACCGCACACUGCCUUCGUACUGGAGACAAUUGAAGAAGUACCACCUUCAACAUCACUUCAUGGAUUACGAAAACGGGUUCGGGGUUACUAGUAGAUUCUGGGAUUGCAUCUUUGGAACUCAACUUGCGCCUGCGCCAAAAACUGUAUGA